AUGAGUAGCAAGCUGAUCAAGUCGCUCUUAGUGCGUAUACGAAGACCAGAUGCCGCGGCAGGCAAGGAGAUAUCAGUUCGUGAGUACGCAUGUACAGCAAGCCAGCAAAGCCUUCAUUGAAGCUUAUUCUGACGACACGUAGCCGAGACACCGGGCAGUGGCCCCCGACAAGCAUUCGACGGCGGACAGGGUGAACAGGUGCCCGCAACGAUCCCAAUUACCUCAGACGGGCUUCAGAGCAUUGAAGCGUGCGUUGGGAACCUGAACGAGAUAUUGCGAGCCCUCCUGGCGCAGAGUAGCAUACCGAGCAGUGCUUCCGGUUCCCAAGACUUACGCCGCGGGUCAGGCCAGUCAAUGGAGAAGGGGGCAACAGACAUGCGUUAUGUCGACUUGUCCCUCAUCACCACCAUGUGCGAUGAGGUGGCCGAGCUCGGCGAACUUCUGAGUGUCCAGACCAGGUCUCUUGUGGAGUCAGGACAGAUCUCUCCUAUUGAGCGAUCAAGAUCUGAAGCCGAAGACGCUGCUCCCCAGCUACCGACUGCCAGUAGCGCUCAAACUGCGUCGCGGACCGAACACGGCCUUGCAUCAACAUCACCUACAACUCAGAAUACCAUGGAAGAUGUGAUGACUGAUCCUUGCGCUAUUGACUGGACAUAUUUCGUUCAAAUGCUGGAAAGUGACCUGGGACAGCUGGAUGGCUUUCCCGAAGAUAGUGGCAACGAACCAGGCCAGUCCGAUUCUUAUUUUCCACCAGGUCCGUAA